AUGACUCAGUCCAACCACGAAUACGACCCUAUUCAGUUAGUCCAGGAUAAGAGUGUGGAGGCUCCCAAGCAGGUGAGAACCAGCAAGGGGAUUCCUCAGAGUUUCAUGGUGAAAGCAGAACCUGGCACCAAAGGAGCCAUGUUGACCAGCACUGGAGAAUACGCCAUACCGGCCAUUGACGCGGAGGCGUAUGCGCAGGGAAAAAAGGAGCGUCCGCCGUUCGUUCCGCAUGACCAGUCGUCGUCUGAGGACGAAUCCGAUCCCAUUCCCGACGAGCUGCUGUGCCCCAUCUGCAAUGAUCUGAUGACAGAUGCUGUGGUCAUUCCGUGCUGCGGGAACAGUUACUGUGACGAAUGUAUCCGAACAACCUUGUUGGACUCUGAGGAACAUAUUUGCUUCACAUGCAAACAAUCAGAUGUUUCGCCCGACAACCUCAUUGCCAACAAGUUCCUUCGACAGCCAACAUUUCCCACCCACCACCUCCUGUUCUUCCUCACGCUGCCGCUACCACGAGUGUGGCUGCCCCUCAGGAUCGUACCCCGCCCGCGGCACCCCCCCGCCACUAACACCCCCACCCCUACGCCUUCGCCGCCCCCUCACGCUGAUGUCACUGAGGAAAGGAAAGAAGCUUCACCGGUUCCACCACCGGUCGUUGAUCACGGUUCUCCUCGGGUCUCCGCCAGUCAGGACGAGCCACCCCCGCCAGGCGAGUCGGACCCGCCUCCACCCAUUGUGAUUCAAGGCCCAACUAAAAACACAGAAAGCAGAUCACAGGCUUACAAUUUGCCUCUCAUCAGUGCACCUUCAUCCUCGAGGCCUCCUCUUCUGUCAGGUCCACAUUCCCGGCCCCACCAACCUCACAGGGACAGGGGGGGAAGACACUGGGAAAGGUCCUACAGAACCAGAGGUGAGCCCUCCUCCACCCACCUCCAGACGGCCCAGCUCCCUCUUUCCACGCCUUCCAUGUACGCGUCGCCCUCCCUCUACCCGCCCCCACCGCAGACAUACCCUCCCCUGUACCCCACAGGCCCCGGCCUCCUCCCGCCGCCAACGUUGGGUUACCACCCUCAGCCCAUGUUCCACCCUGGGCCGCCGGGCGUCAACCCCCCGUGGGGAGCUCCCGGCGGCCAGCCCCCUCUACUUACCCUGCCCUCCUCCCUCAGUCAGCCCUCUCUCUCCAAAGAAGACUUCUACAGGCAGCGGCACCACCGACAAGACAACAUUACAUCCAAACUUGACGAGUUCACAAAAGACUUCCACAAAGAGCUGAUGAAGUACCGAAAUGCACCAAAGAGGCAGAGACCUUCAUAUUCUAGAUCACGAUCGUAUAGCCGCUCUCCGAUCAGCCGCUCUUACACGCGCUCUCGCUCCAGGUCCAGAUCCAGAUCGAGGUCUUACUCGUACACCCCAAGUCGAUCUCGAUCACGCUCACGCUCCCACGGGCGGCCGUAUCCUCGUUCACCUUACUCCCGACGUAAUGGACGCAGCUAUGGGCGCUCUCGAUCGAGGUCCCGCUCCCGCUCGAGGUCGUACGGGUACCGCCGCUCUGGUUCGCCGCCUUCAUUCCGUGCUGCUGCUUGGGAGGGGGCGGAAGGGGCGCCGCCGUUCCGGUCCAGGUCUCACUCCCGCUCUCCUGGCGGUUUCCGGAACCGCAGCCCUGGUGGACGAAAGCCGCCACCCCGUGAAUUACCACCUUAUGAGCUGAAGGCUCUCAGCCCCGGUUCUCACGAACGCUGGGAACGGGAUAGCUACCGGCAGUGGGAGCGUGAGUACAGAGAAUGGUACAACAAGUAUUACAAAGACUACGAGAACCAACACCAGGUGCUGUAUCACCGGGGCCGCGGUAGCAGGGAGAGGGAACGAGAGCGCGAACGAGUAUCCCCCCUGCACAGGGAGUACUCCCCCCAAGGCAGAGGGAGAAGAGGUAGGGAUGAGAAAGUGCCACCGACUCACAAUCCUCCAUCAUCCUCAUCAACUAAGACAAAUGCUAAGCUCCUGAAGACCAAGAAAGUCAAAAAGAGGAGACCCGGUGAGGAUGGCGAGCAAUCGCAUCAUUCUGUAGACAGGGGUGACGCCACGCCUGUCAGAGAUGAACCCAUGGAUGACAUCCUGUCGCCAAACAAAACGCCCCCCAUCUCCUCCAAGCCAGCAUCAUCUACUUCCAGCUCCAAGGCUCCUGCCUCCAAAAUCACCACGGCACCCGCAAAAGCCUCGGUCAAGUCCAUGUCCAAGACUGACAAGGCCAAGAAGGAGAAGGGUCAGAAGGUAAAACCUAAAGCAAAGACGGAUGCUUCCAAAAUCAAAAGCGACAAAGUCAAGAAGAAAACUGGUGAAUCUGUUGUGACCAAAAAGAAAGAGCCCUCUUCUGCUGUAGCUACUAAAACAUCAAAAACCACCAAAGCCAAACCUGAAGAAUCCCACAACUCGAUACCGCCAAAAAAGGAAAAGUCUAAAGGCUGUUCUGUGAGGCCACCCCUCCUAAAGACACCCCCAUUGUUCUCCCAAGGCCUACCUCUGCCGCAUCCAUCUCUCCACGAGAGCCUUCGGCCUGGCAAUGACAACCGAGGGCGAAGAGACGCCCCGCAUGGCGGCGGCCUCAUCCCUCUGCCCCACCAACAAGUGCUCCCUUACCUCCACCGACCUCCUUUGCGGCUGGGUGAGGAGGGCCGCUCCUUACUCGGGUCCCCGCCUGGAAAACUCCGGAGACUGGAUGGACCCGGGAUUGGAAUCGAGGUCUUCUCACACCUGCACGACACUCAUCAGUCGGCACUCCAGAGAUUCUCGCACGCGCCUGACAGACCAGGUCUUCUUCCUGUCCUGGUGGGCCGAGAGAUUCUCUGGGCGGACAAAGACAGAGGCGCUAUCAGACCUCUCAUGGAUUUGCCGGUGAAGCCAGUGACCCAGAGAAGCAUCCCUCUGAACAGAGACCUUGGAAAAAAAGACAACCCCACCUCAGACAGAUCAUCCUCGGACACUGAUAAGACCACCGCGGACCGAUUCGGUGCUGCCAACAACCCGGAUGCGGACAGACCCGCCAGUAAUUCUGAAGGUGUUGAUGCAAAGGAACGGUCGUCUUCCUCUGAUGGGGGGGUCUCCAAAGAAAAGGCUGGGGAGAAAUCCUUGGUGUCUGACAAAGACGCUGACCGGAACUCGGGAGUAGACAGAGAACGGGAAAGUAACUGGAGAAUGGACAGAGAGCGGGAGAGAGGUUCAGAUCGGGGGCGGGAAAAAGUCUUGCGCUCAGACAGAGACCGGGAAAAAGUUUUGGGAUCAGACAGAGAUCAGGAAAAAACUUCGGGGUCUGACAGAGAUCGGGAAAGAACCACGGGAUCUGACAGAGAUCGGGAAAGGGGUUCAGACAGAGACAGAGAUCGGGAAAAGGCUUCCGAUCGCGAAAGGGGUUCUGACAGAGAGCGGGCCAAAGGUUCUAACAGAGACCGAGAAAAGGGUUCAGACCGUGAUCGCGCGAAAGCAUCUAGUUCAGACCGAGAUCGUGCAAAAGCUUCAGAUAGAGAGAGAGAAAAAGCCACUACUUCUGACAGAGAUCGAGAAAAAGCUUCAGGAUUUGACAGAGACAGGACUGUGGUAUCUGAGAAAGAGCGCGACAGAGCAUCUGGAUCAAGCUCAAAGAAGGUCUCGGCAGUGAAAGACGCUGAUGUAGGCGAAAAGUUGCAGAAGACUGAGCAUAAAAACGGCGCAAGUGCAGCCAGCAGAUCUGUUUGCUUGGACAAAAUGACCAUCGCGGAGAAAUUGGCCAUCAGCAAGAAGCAGGGACACAACCAGGAGAAGCCGAGCAAUUCCUCCAAGGAGGCCAUGGAGAAAGCGGCAAAAUCAGAUCGUAGUGUUUCCAAGGAGAGAGCAGCGAAGACUGCAUCCACCGGGAAGAAACCUGACCCCACUCCCAAAGAAGGGAAAGACGGGGAGACAAAAACGGUGAGGACCAAGCCCAAGAUCAGUCGCAAGGUCUUAUCCAGCCAACCUGCCAGCGCCGCCAGUAGACCCACCCAGGAGCCUAAACUAAAUUCUGGAGAGGAAGAGAAGAAGAGGGACUCUUCGGCAACUUUGGAUCAGAUGAUUCAGUCUAGCCCCAAAAACGCUGUGGAGGAGCUCCUCAUUCAAGUGCCUCCUCGCUCCAAGUGGGAGCGGGAAGAUGACGAAGAGGAGGAGGAGCAGUUGGCUGCGGUGGUAGCGACUCCUCAAGAGACUCCCAAAGAGCUGUCACCUGUCCCCAAGAAGACUGAGGUAAUGUGGAUUGACAAGAAGGCUUUGGCCAAGGAGGAGAAGAAGAGGGUGCCCAAGGAUGAGAGCAAGGGCAGCAAACCCACCAAAGUCAAGAUUGUCCGAGAGGAGAGGAAGGCGAGUAGAGGAGAAAGGGGAUCCAAAGCAGAGGUAAGAGAAGGGAAGGAGCGAGUUUCACCCGGGAAGGAGGAGAAGAACGUUAGCUGCCCGGACCCCAGGAGGCAGCGCCUGUGCUCGGAUCUGGCCCGCGAGACGGACGAGGCCGCCUUUGUGCCCGACUACAGCGAGGGUGACGAGGCCUCAGACAGCAGCCCCACAGCCAGCCAGCGCUCCAACAGCAACCGCAGUGACUCGCCCUCCGCCGCCUCUGCCUCGACCGGUGCUGCUGCCACUGGUGACAGGAAGAAGAAAAAGAAACACAAGAAGCACAAGAAACACAAGAAGCACAAGAAGCACAAAGUAGCGGAAAAGGAGGGUGGUGAGCAUAAGGACCAUAAGCAUAAACACAAGAAGAAGAAACACAAGAAGAGCAAAGACAAGGACACUGAGGAAGGCAAGGCUGAGGAGGAAGAGCCGCAGGGUGUAGCUGGUGCGCAGAUCUCCAAACCUUGAUGCCACUUGGAAAUCAAAACAGCAAAAUGACACACAGAUGCAGUCAAAGCUGAGGUUGAACUGCCAUUAGGAAUAGCAGCUAAAACCCAGGCCUCUCAACGAUAAGAACAGUUGGAAAUCAAAAGAGCUAAGACAACAGGAAGUCGAGGCUGAUGUUGAAAGAGCCAGGAAUUGAAACCAUACGUCCAAAACUUGUCACCUGGAACUCAAAUAAAUACAACGCUGAGGGUGUCAAAACUGAGGUGAAGGAAGACCCAGAAGCCAGGCCUCCAACCUCGACGCCACUUUGGAAAUCCAUUUACUCAGGGAUACACAGGAGCUUAAUGUCUCCGCCUGUUAUUUCAAUGUACAUAAAACCAGGAAGUCUUGGUCCCCUCCCUCCCUUGUGAGGAACUUGGUCUCUUCCCUGUGAAGGAUCUCACGCAUUAAUGGCGUUUACCUGUAAAUAGUCAUUCUUAGUCACACUUUAAAUGGCUAAUCCUAUGUUUCAGGACGGUUUUCCUUGCUUCGCCAGGAUGUGAAUUAACGGCGUGUACCUGUAAAUAUUCCUGGUCACUCUUUGAUUGUCCUACCUUUCAGGACGGUUUUCUGCAUUAUGAGUUCAAGCGAUUGUGGCGUUGUCGUUUGAGACUUGUUUUGUUAGUAUUGCACUUAAUUAGAUGUGUGACCAUUCAUGGGCUUGGAAGGUAAACAAAUCUCUUCUGUUGUGGAGUCAUGCAACACUGGAUACAAAAAAACAAACAAACAGGUGUGUGUUUAAGCAGAGUCGAUCGAAUUGAUUUUGUCGUCGUUUUCCCCAGUGUGAUUGAUUGAGUGGACAGAAACAGGAUUCUUACUAAUGACUUGUUCCUGUUUCUUGCUGCUUCUUUUUUUUUUUUUUUUUUAAAUUAAAAUGUUUUGACCCGAAAAAUCCCUUGUUUUUAUUAAACAUUGUCGUCCGAACCCGGCCGAAAUGGAAUCUUAAACGAUUUGUGACAGCAAACUAUGAAAAUGUAUACCCUCUGUUGUCUCUAAAAUCAUACAAAAAAAUUAUAGCCAAACAUUUUGGGGGACUUAACAGCCUCCAGGAUAAAAACAAAACAAUGCGGAAAUGCAAACCCCAAUUUCAAUGAAGUUGGGAUGUUGUCUAAAAUGUAAAUAAAAACAUUGCAAUGAUUUGGAAAUCCUUUUCAACACACAUUCUAUUGAAUACACUACAAAGGCAAGAUAUUUAAUGUUCAAACGAGAGAGACAAAAAUCCAGAAAAUCACAUCUGAUUUUUAAAGACUUUAUUAGCAAAUUAUGGUCGAAAAUAAGUAUUUGGUCACCUACAAGCAAGCAAGAUUUCUGGCUCUCACAGACCUAUAACUUCUUUAAGAGGCUCCUCUGUCCUCCACUCGUUACCUGUAUUAAUGGCACCUGUUUGAACUAUCAGUCCACAACUUCAGUCACACUCCAAACUCCACUAGGGUCAAGACCAAAGAGUUGUCAAAGUACACCAAAAACAGCAAUUAUGUGGGAGCAAUUAGAAAAUGGAAGACGUACAAGACCACUGAUAAUCCUGGAUCCUCCCUGGAUCUUGGGCUCCACGCAAGAUGUCCCCCUGUGGGGUCAAAAUGAUCAAAAGAAGGGUGAGCAAAAAUCCCAGAACCACACAGGGGGACCUAGUGAAUGACCUGCAGAGAGCUGGGACUAAAGUAACAAAGGCUACCAUCAGUAACACACUAUGCCACCAGGGACUAAAAUCCUGCAAUGCCAGAUGUGUCCCCCUGUUUAAGAAGUACAUGUCCAGGCCCGUCUGAAGUUCGCUAGAGAGCAUUUGGAUGAUCCAGAAGAGGAUUGGGAGCAUGUCAUGUGGUCAGAUGAAACCAAAAUGGAACUUUUUGGUAAAAACUCAACUUGUCGUGUUUAAAAGAAUGCCGCGUUGCAUCCAAAGAACACCAUAACUACUGUGAAGUAUGGGGUUGGAAACCAUGCUUUGGGGCUGUUUUUCUGCAAAGAGACCAGGACGACUGGUCCGUGUAAAGGAAAGUAUGAAUGGUGCCAUGUAUUGUGAGAUUUUGAGUGAAAACCUAUCAGCAAGGGCAUUGAAGAUGAAACGUGGCUGGGUCUUCCAGGAUGACAAUGAUCCCAAACACACUGCCCGGGCAACGUGGCUUCUUUGGAGGGAGUUGAAAGUCUGUGAUCCCCAAAACAUCACCGCUCUAGAGGAGAUCUGCAUGGCGGAAUGGGCCAAAAUACCAGCAACAGUGUGUGAAAACCUUGUAAAGACUUAAAAAACAUUUUGAACUCUGUCAUUGCCAACUUUAUGUAUAUAACAAAGUAUUGAGAUGAAUUUUUGUUUUUGACCAAAUAGUUAUUUUGCACCAUAUUUUGCUAAUAAAUUCUUUAAAAAUCACACUGAUUUU